AUGAGGCAGUCUGUGGCUAUCUGUCUGUUUGGACUCUCAGCUCUGCUCCACGUAUCUGAGCAGGGUCCCCACCAGCGUAAUCUAUUGAGGGAGCUACUGAGGGACUAUAACCGUAUGGAGAGACCUGUUGCCAACGACUCUCUACCACUCACUGUCCGAUUCUCCUACACUCUCUUACAAGUCAUGAAUGUGGAUGAGAAAAACCAGAUCCUCACCACUAAUGCCUGGCUUCAGAUGCAAUGGUUUGACCACUACCUUCAGUGGAACCAGUCAGAGUACCCUGGAGUGAAAACCCUUCGCUUCACUACUGACCAGGUCUGGAUACCUGAUAUACUACUGUACAACAGUGCUCAUGAUAAGUUUGAUGCCACCUUUAAGAGCUAUGUGCUGGUCAACUCCAGUGGAUUCUGUGAGUACCUACCUCCAGGUAUUUUCAGCAGUGCGUGUAAUGUGGACGUGCGUUGGUUUCCAUUUGACAUCCAACGGUGUGAGCUGAAGUUUGGCUCGUGGACGUUUGACGGCUGGCUGCUGGAUCUCCAGAUGCAGGAGGCUGACCUGUCAGGAUACAUGUCCAAUGGAGAGUGGGACCUGCUGGGUGUACCAGGUGAUCGUCAUGAGAUAUUUUAUGAGUGCUGUACAGAGCCCUACUCUGACGUGACCUUUGUGGUGACACUACGACGGAGAACUCUGUUCUACGCUCUCAACCUCCUCGUCCCCUGUGUUCUCAUCUCCUCCUUGACACUGCUGUUGUUCAUACUGCCAGCAAGAUCGGGGGAGAAGAUCGGUCUGGGCAUUACAGUUCUUCUCUCUCUGACUGUCUUCAUGUUGCUGGUGGCUGAGAUUAUGCCAGCUACCUCAGACUCCAUACCAUUGAUAGGUCAGUAUUUUGUGAGUACCAUGGUAACCGUAGGGAUGUCAGUGGUGGCGACUGUAGUUGUACUUCAGUACCAUCACCACGACCCCAACAGUGGAGACAUGCCUCAAUGGGUUGAGUUGGUUCUACUCCAGUGGGUUCCCUGGUUUCUGAGGAUGAAGCGUCCAGGAGAGUGGGGUGAGCUCACACCCCACCACAGCCCCUCCAACCCCCAGACCAAGACCUGCUUCUCUCCCCCUACCACCACCACCACCACCACCACCCCAGCCCCCUCCACCCUCCCCCAGAGCCUCACCUCUCUGCAGGCCAGUCUAAGCCAGCUCCGCCCCCACCCUCAGCCAAAUGGACACCGGCCCUACAUUGGCUUCCAGAAUCCUAUUGAACCAGACCCUGCUGUCACCUGGAGAGGAGGAGGAAGAAGGGGUUCUGACACCCUAAUCCUCCACCACCACCCACCCUCCUCCACAAUGUUUGGUAGUCCCCCUCCACAACCCCCCACAUCUCUGGACCCUGACCCCUCAGGCUCCAGCUGUGUGGAGGCUGGGGCUGGAGCAGUCGAAGCGGGCACUUGCCAUGCCCAGGCCAGGGUGUUCCAGGCUGGGGUUGUGGAGGCCCAGCUCCAGGCCCUGCUGGAGGAAGUGCAGUUCCUGGCCAAUCGUUUCCGUGAGCAGGACCGCAGGGUGAGCGUGGCGGAGAAGUGGCAGUUUGCAGCGGCGGUCAUCGACCGUCUGUGUCUGGUGGGGUUCAGUGUGUUCAACAUCAUUUGUACCAUCACCAUCCUCAUGGCCGCACCCAACUUUGUGGAAGCCGCCUCCAAGGACUUCUUCUGA